UCACUUGGCUAUCAGGUUCUGUUAGUAACGUUAAGCUUUGUAAACGCGGUAUGAAUAGACAACAUCUGGGUUUUCCUGUUAGGCUAUGUAUUUGGGUGUUUUACAAACAAACCGUAAUUUAAAUUGUUUUCACAAUGCAAGCUGGACGGCAUUUUGGCUAGCUAAAUUUUAAAACUAACCAGCGAGCCAAUUAGCUUGUCAAAAUAGAACUCAGUAGUAGUUGCCAUGUGAAGUAUAGCUAAGUUGGCCAGCUAGACAGAUCACUGUAGCUAGCGUAGGUUAAUUCAAAAUUAAUAUUAAACGUUUCCCGUUGUCAUAUGUGACUGUAUUACCACCUGAACAUAGUCAGCGAACUGUUAUUUUCGCAAAUUGCGAUUUGCUACAGCCUAAACAGCUAAGACGUAGACGUGUAAUGUUUUAAUGUUAGCUAUAGGUAGUUUACUAAUCUUAGCCGUCUUGUGGAAGGCCAAGCAGGCACCUUAACGACCUUCUAGGUAGUUCAGAAGGAGCAGGAAGCUGGAGAGUGUGGUUCUCAGUAAGAUGAACUUUGAGUCGUUCGUGCGGGACCUGCUUCUGGUGCGGCAGUACAGAGUGGAGGUUUACAGGAACAAGGGCUCCAGUAAGGAGCAUGACUGGCAGCUGACCUACAAGGCGUCUCCUGGUAAUCUGACCCAGUUUGAGGAGAUCCUCUUUGGGGGAGCUGGGGGGUCUGGGGCAGCAGCAGCGGGCGUGGUCGGGGUGCGCCUGGGUUCCGGCGAUGGGCAGCGCAUGGUGGGCGUGGGCUACGUUGACUCCACCCUGCGGAAGCUCGGGGUGUGCGAGUUCCCGGACAAUGACCAGUUCUCCAAUCUGGAGGCUCUGCUGGUGCAGAUCGGCCCCAAGGAGUGUGUACUGCCUGGGGGUGACAGUGCUGGGGACAUCGGCAAGCUCCGACAGGUGGUGCAGCGUGGGGGCAUUCUUCUUUCGGACAGGAAGAAGGCAGAAUUUAACACUAAGGAUAUGGUGCAGGAUCUCAAUCGCCUGCUCAGAGCCAGGAAGGGUGAGACCGUGUCUAGCGCUGCCCUGCCUGAGAUGGAGAAACAGGUUGCCAUGUCAUCUCUGGCGGCAGUCAUCAAGUAUCUGGAACUGCUCUCCGACGAGGCCAACUUUGGCUCCUUCCAGUUGACGACCUUCGACCUCAGCCAGUACAUGCGUCUCGACAACGCCGCUGUCCAGGCCCUCAACCUCUUCCAGGGUUCCCCUGACGACACGACGGGGACGCACUCCCUGGCCGGCCUACUGAAUAAAUGCAGGACCCCACAGGGACAGCGACUGGUCAACCAGUGGAUCAAACAGCCCCUGAUGGACCACAACAAGAUCGAAGAGAGGUGAGGGCAUGGCCCGGGGUAGGACCUCCGUG